UGGGCGAUAUGUCUCUCGCAGAAAAUCUGUGCGGCCGAGCGCUGGAAGCCGGGGGUUGUGUGUUAGCCCUCGCAGGGAGGGAUGUGACAGGUUGAAAGGCUGCGAUAUCUGCUGAAAAAAAUAGUUCCACACUGUGUGUACAAUAUUACUUUUCUUCCUUGUCAAGAAAUGGUAGCACAAAAACGGAAAGUGCCCUCGAGCCCGGCGAAUGCGCAGCGAGGGUCAGUUCGGACAAAAAAUGGCACAACAGGAGGUGGACCUUCAGCCAAAAAGAAACGCUUGGAAGAAAAGGUGAUAUCGCCUCAACUAAGGUUAACAAAGCAGUCAGCUGCUCAACCACGCAAGGCAUCCAGUAAUAAACGAGCUUCAAAAUCACUAAGAACAGCUGUCAAAGUGAACAGAUUGUCAUCAAAGUCAACCACAAAGCUAAAGGUCACUAAAAACAAUGAAAAGGUAGUUCCUUUGAAGAAAUAUACCAAACAUUUAUUGAAAAAUAGCAUAUCAUUAAAAUCUUCACACCAGAAGAAAUCCAUUCUGUCUCCAAUAUCCAAGAAAAAUUCUGGUAAAGUAAUGGCUAAAAGAAAAUCCACACAAAAACAGAAUAAUGCUAAAAUUGUGCAUAAACAAAUCCCGGUGAAGGUGUCACAGAAGUCAGUUCAGAGGAAUAGAACUUCUCAGUCACGACUUGCACAUAAAAGCUUGCCUAAUUCCAAAAAGACUAGCUCUAAGAAGAGUUUAAAAAUGUCAUCACGCAAUUCGCGGACAAAAGCUCCUCAAAAAAUAAGUAAACCAUUAUCAAAAAAAAGUGAGAAAAACUCUUUAAGAGCCACCAUAAAGAAAUCUCAUCAGAGUAAGAAAACUGUGAAGGUUCAAUCUAAGUCUACUGUGAAUGUAUCUAGAAUGAAACCUGCAAAGAAGGAUACAAAAUCUUUGUCAGUAACUGUGAGAACCUCCAAGAAGCAACUUGUCAAAAAAACAGCUAAAAAAGUGACAUGCAAGGGUAAUCAUACUAAACAACUUCCCUCUUUUAAAGAUAAUAGUAUUGUGGGGAAAAAUGUUUCUUCAAAGAAAAUUUCUGAGAAAAUACAAAGUAGUGUAAAGUCGGUAAAGAAUCUUCAACAAAAAAAGAUGGUGAGAUCGGAGAGAUUACGUUAUCGCCUUGCAAGUGAGGAUAACUUUGAAGCUGAUGCUGCAAGACCUCAAACCAAGUUGAUCCAGAAUCAUUCAAAAGAGAACAUUCAACAGGCAGUGAACUCUGGUUUGAAGUCUGGGGCUAAGCAAAUGUUGAAUAAAGGACAGACCAGGUGUUCUCAGAGACUGAAUCUGAACCCAUCUUUAUCAACGAGAUCUUUUGUUUCCACUGAUAGUGCAUCUAGUGUGGUUCCUACUCAAAAGAAAACGCGUAAAAGGACAUUUAGUGACUUGUAUCCUGAAAGUCCUGAGAAUAAAUGUCCUUUGAAAAAAAUGCUGAAAGUAAACAGUAAGCUUGGAAGAACUAAGCAGAAGAACAUUACAAAAUCUCCAAAAAAGGCUUCAGAAAUUAAAGAAAAAGGACAUCGUAAAAUUAGGAGAAGAACUCCAGUUACUACUACUGCCAAAAAACAAGACUCCAAUGGUAUAGGACCAAUGGCAUGUGAAAGAAAAAGUGAACAGGGAAUACUAAAAAAUAUUCCUAAUAGUAAAACUUCAGUAGUUUUAGAAUCUUCCCAAGAGCAGAUUAAAACUGGUCAGCCUGUUUCUCAUUCCAAAACAAAGAUCAAAAAAACAGCUUCAUGUGUAACAUUGGAAAGCAGUGCAAAAUUGAAAGGUCUGGUUCAAAACUUGACAAAGGCAACAAAUUGUAGUGUCAAAGCUAUGAAAGGAAAAACUGGAGUAGAAACAUCAACUGAAAAGAAACAAAAAAAAGUUUUAAAUAAUAGUACAGAAGAUAAGAAAAAGAUAAAUGUAUCUAUUAAAGAACAACGUUCAAAGCAGCCUCAAACAGUUCAUAAAGCAAAUAAAAGUACAAUCUCUAAUCCUAAAUCAGUAAUGGAAAUUCCAUGUCUGCCAACUGAUGAUAAUGCCAAAUGUAAGCGACAAAGUAUUCUUGAGUUGUGUGAGGAAAUUGCAGAAGAGAUAGCUUCGGACACUCUUGAUCUUUCAGUGAAAGAGGAGUCUACAAAGAUGGAAGAUAAAAGUAUCCCAAAAGAACCAGAAAGCAGAACGCCUGAAGAUACUAAGAGAAAACAGCGAGCAAAACCUAUUUAUUCUAGCCUCAACAGAUUCCAGUUUUCAGGCCAAAAAUCUAUAAAACGUAAAUCAUUUGAGCAUCAUAAAUCUGUAGCUUCAAAGUAUACUACACAGAAAGGAGGGAACAGUUGGACUAAAAUUAAACAAAUUAAAACGGAUCAAAAGACAUUAACUGCCAUCAAACUAAGAAAUUUACAGGUUAAACAAGCAGUUUCACAAGUAGUAGUUCAAACAAUUAAGAUAAAGAAAGAGAAAUUGUCAAAUGGAGUAUCUGUACAGACCAAAGAAGAAGAUGGCACUGCACAUGACCAGCACAAAGCAGACACCACUGUUUCUCAUUUGGAAGUUGGAAAAGACUUUAAUAAUGGCCUAAGGUCAACAGAAAACAGUACACCUGAAAAUGAUAAACUAGUGAAAUUGUGUGAUGAAAAAGAGGACGAGAUGGAGGUGUCAAAAGUGGAGACUGAAUCUGAAGCAGAUGAGAGUUUUAGAUUACACUUAGAAUCAAGUCCUGAAUGUAGUCCAGAAAAAUACACUUCUACAACAUUAUCGCUAAAACCUGUUAAAGAGCAAGUGGAGAGUGAGUCAGGGUCAUUGCUGAAGGAAACUGUACGGACUCUCUUCAGUAAUCCAGAUUCCUCGGAAGUGAAUAAUGAAAGUGUAUCUUUGUCUAAUCAGCUAACCAUAGCGAAGAACACAACAAUUCCCCUUGAAUUUUCUGUACAAAAAGAGGCCAAACUAUCAGACAAUGCAGAUGGAGGUGGGCUUCAACAAACAAUCCUUGAUUCUGGGCAGAAAAGGAUUGGAGCAAUUUCUUGCACUACAUGUGGAAUGCUUUAUGCAGCUUCUAUCCCAGAAGAUGAAGCUCAGCACUUUAAGUUUCAUAAACACUUUAUUAGUGCUGUAAAAUAUGUGGGUUGGAAGAAGGAGAGAAUUUUAGGUGAAUAUCCUGAUGGUAAAAUAAUAAUGGUUCUUCCUGAUGAUCCAAAAUAUGCCCUUAAAAAGGUUGAGGAAAUUCGAGAGAUGGUUGAUAAUGACCUCGGGUUUCAGCAGGCAGAACUUAAGUGUCCAUCCAGAACAAAAACUCUUCUCUUCAUUUCUAAUGAUCGGAAAAUAGUUGGCUGUUUAAUUGCAGAACACAUACAGCGGGGCUUCAGGGUUAUAGAAGAUAAAGCUACUCAACAGUCACCAAAUGAUGCAAUUAUGCUUGAACGUCAGCGAGCAUGGUGCUGUUCAACCAAUCCAGAACCUGCAAUUUGUGGAAUAAGUAGGGUUUGGGUCUUCAGUAUGAUGCGACGAAAGGCAAUUGCUACAAGAAUGACCGACUGCCUUAGGAGUAAUUUUGUAUAUGGCUCCUAUUUGAGCAAAGACGAGAUUGCGUUCUCAGAUCCUACUCCGGAUGGUAAACUCUUUGCAACCCAAUAUUGUGGAACACCCAGAUUCCUGGUGUACAACUUUGUCAGUUAACCUCACAAGAAACCUCUCAACUACCAGUGAAGAUCUUUUUUCAUACAGCCUUAGACAAUUUGUAUAAUUGUACAUGAACCUUCAUAAAUUGACACAUAGUUUCAGGGGCUGGAUAGUAGGAACUGUACUGCUUUUUUAUUAUUGUGAGCUCAGGACUGAUGACAACCAAGUGGUUGAUAAUAUAGUUAAAAAACUGGAAUGGAUGCAGUAGCGUUUGAUCUUGAUUUGUAUUUUAAAGUCAAAAUAGUUUUUUUUUCCCAGAAAAGCAUGCACCAUUAUUUAGUUCAGUCAUGCUCACGGAUACUUGGAUGUUUUACAUAAAAAACAUUAAACUUCUGUAAAUAUGCUCUAAAACUGAGAAACUGAGUUUUCUAAAUCUGCUCUGUGGCCUUCUUGGUCUGUAUAAAAGACAAGCAGCUUGGUCUAUGUAUAUACUGUACAGUGAGCAAGCAGCUUUGAAUAUGAUAUCUGAAUUAUUGUGAAAGGUGCCUGUAAAUUUCCUAGUUUCUGUUUCAGGGAUAUCAGGCUACCAUACUAAAGACUAAACAUCUUGAGGUUGUCUGAUCAGUUGCAUAUGUUAUUGAACUGUUUAAAAACAAAAUUGUCAUUGUUUUUAAUUUUGCUCUGGGAAUAUACAGUUGUCAGUACAAAAUGUAAUACCUCAUUUAAUAUUAACGUUGAACCACUGCAAUAUUUGGUGUCCAAGAUUACAGUUGACACCUGUAUUAAUGAUGACUCUUGGUUUUCAAAAGGUUUGUUAACUUUACCUUAAGAGUAGCUUAUAUAAAUUUAAUAACUGUGCCUUUUUCACUGUAGGUCACAAUUUCAGAUUGAAUGCAAUGGUUUUAACCUGUUUAAAUAGGGUAGUUCUAGAAAAUUACAGCUUUAUUUUAAAACUUAAGAGCAGAUCAGUACAUUACAAGGAUCAGUAAGCACACUAUUCCUGACGAUAUAAACAUGGAUUCAAAAGUUGUUACCAGCUUGCAUGGUAAAUACUGUAGCGAAUUUUAUUUAAGAUUUCCACACUACUUGCCAUUGCCUUUAAAAAUUCAACCUGUUUCUUGAUUUUUCUGAGUUCAAUAAAUUGAAUUAUGAGUAGUUUACCUUUACAAGAACUAGACAGCCCUGAAACAAAUAUUUGAAGUUAAUUUAUACUUUAACAAAUCAACAAGAGAUCUCACAUGUCAACAACUGAGCCUGAUUAAUUUGCUUCUUAUACAUGUUGAGAUCACUUGUUAGCUUAAAGUCCAAAACUGAAAACCUAAAACCUUUUCUCCCAUGAGGAGCAAAAUUGAGGAUUGUUGUAUGAUUUGUUUGAUUUUUGUAUUCCCGGAUCUGAUGAGCUUGCUACUUUUUGAAUACAUCUUAAAACCUUUUCAGCAAUGUUCAUACUGAUGCUGAGUAUUAGUUGGUAUUGUGCUAUAAGUUGAUUGAGCCAUAGUAAUGUACAUUGCUUUAAUCUGCAGAAUUCCAAGAUAUUGAUGACUCCUGGACUGUUUAUGUUUUCUCAGCCUGGGUCGUAUGGGGAUAUGAAGUGAAAUGUUCUUUUGCCUAAAAUUUAAAUGUUUUUUAUUAACUGGUUAUGACUAAGGUAUUAAAUUAAAAAUAUUGUUUUGGUAAGUGGCUUGUAGUUUGAUUUUGUUUUUUAAUGGGAUGGUAUUGAAGUGGAAGUUAGUUGUGUGUGUGUGUGUGUGUGUAAAACUUGGAAUGCAGGUAAUAUUUUAUUGCUAAAUGUUUUUAAUAUUGGUUACUUUUUAAAUUAAAAGUACUUAAACUAUUCACAGCAUAAAAAAAUCAAAAGAUGCAGUGAAUUCCAUUUAGCAACAACUGCAGAAUGUAUAGAGCAGAAUUUCAGCCCAGUGUUCUGUUCAUGCACUGGAGUUCAGAAAAAUUAUUAUUUAUCUCUGAUAACAAUUACUUGUAAAUAGUUAUAAAAUUGUCAUGUUGCAAUGUAGAAAAUUGGUAGGAUCUGGAAGAUGUAAUCUUAACAUCUCACUAUCCCCUUGUGCAUUAUUUUCUAGUGUUUGGCUGUUCCCAAAGUGGUAAUUGGAUUUGUACCAUAAUGGUGCAUUUUGUUUUUAAUAUUCCAGUUAAAUACUGGUAAAUGCCAUGUUGCCUGAGGAUGCGUGCUGUUAUCAGCAUUGCUGCUGGUUCUUAAGCCCAUCACACCUACUGAGGCAUUUGCCGCCGACAGCAGCUCGCCAUAGUCCUCUGUCCUAAACAAGUAUUUCAAGGCCAGGUGCUGCCCAUCUUCUAGGCAAAGAUUCUUCCUCUCUAAAGGAUGAGGUUUUUGGAGCUUCUGUUGGCGUUUGUCACACUGGAUUUUUAUGGCACAAUGUUGCUAGCUCCAUGCCAAUGUCAUCCUUUCACAGCCAAGUUUGGGACUGUUCAUGACUGAGUUAUCAACAUUGCUUCCAAACUAUAAAAUGGCUCUCUGCAACUCAGGCAUAUGGUAUGAAUCUUAACGAUAAAUGUGCACAUACCAGUUUUGAUUUGCUUUAACUGGGAGAAGACUAAAAUUGUAAAUGUGAUGCUGUUAUUCGCUCUGACUCUAUUUGCACUAAAUUUUAAAUGGACCAAAUACAACUGGUUAAAAUUAACCUUUUACUUGUAUAUUAAUUCUGAAUUGUUCAUAAUUAAAUCCAUAUGAGCAGACUUGGUUGCAUUUAAAUGAUUGCUUAAUGAUUUUGAGAAACCAUGAUUUUACAGAACAAUGCACAAAUGUGAAUGUGUAGACAUACAGUAAUACUUGACAAACUUUGCAAAUAAGAUACCCACAAUUUAAUUUAAUUAAUACAUUGACUUUUGUAUCUUUUGUAGAACUAGUUUUUGCAUUCCAAAUGUGAAAAUUUGGAAUUCUUAUGUUUUACUUAAUAGCAAUCUUUGUGUGCAUUAUUUUCAUGGUGAGUAUUAUCUUGUAAUUUGAUCAUAGAUCUGGUCUUUUUUUCCCAAGUGGGAGACUAUUAAUAUAUCCCAUUUGGAAGACUUACCGUGCAAUGUAAUUGGGAAAAUGUUCUGGACUAUAAAUUACAAAUUACUUUGUACAAUAAAUUUGAU